AUGCCACACGUUUUACCAUUUAAGCAAGUUGAUGUAUUCACUGCAGAACUAUACAAGGGUAACCCAGUUGCUGUAACCAAUUGUAUGGGUAUCGAUGAAUCAGAAGUUACUACUGAACAAUUACAAGCAAUUGCUACAUGGACUAAUCUUUCUGAAACCACUUUCCUUUUCAAACCAACUGAACCUGGUUGUGAUUAUAAAUUAAGAAUUUUCACCCCAAAGAAUGAAUUACCAUUUGCUGGUCAUCCAACAGUUGGGUCAUGUAAGGCAUUCAUUGAAUUUACUGGUACUAAGAAAGAAAAGAUUGUUCAACAAUGUGGGUUAGGUCAUAUUGAACUUUCCGUCACAGAUGAUCAAAAGAUCUCUUUCAAGGCAGGUAAAACUAUUGUAGAAGAUAUUAGUGAUGAUGUUGCCAAAGCAUACGAAGCUACAAUGGGUAUCAAGUCUAUUGAAAGACCAAGAUUAUUAAAAGUUGGUCCAAACUGGGUUGUAUUUUUAGUUAAGGAUUCUGACGAAGUUUUGAAAAUAGAUGCAGACUUUGCCGCAAUGUCUGCUUUAGAUCUUGAUAACGAUCACACUGGUGUCAUUGUAGGUGGUCUAAAGACCGGUUGCACUACUGGCGAUGCUUAUGAAAUUAGAGCUUUUGCUCCAAGUAUAAAAGUUCCUGAAGAUCCUGUAUGUGGUAGUGGUACUUUGUCCUUCUUGAGAUAUUUGAAUGAAAUAAAUCAAUACAAGGAACCUAAGAAUUUACACAUCACUCAAGGUGCUAGAGUAGGUAGAAACGGGAACCUUUACUGUAAGAUUGAUACUAAAUCCGAUGGUAACGCCGAUUACUACGUUGGUGGUUAUGCUAUCGCUAUUGUCAAUGGUACAAUAACUUUAUAA